UAAAAUACGUAAAAUAGAACAGCUAGAAUUUCAAGUUUUUGUUUACUUUGCUUUGUUGUUAAUGAAUAUAACAAAAUUAGCAAUAAACAAAAAUGCCAGGGCAACCAGAUGACAAUUUUAGGCCCUACAACCAAAGCACACCGUUAAGAGCUGGGCGCGGACGCGGGCGCGGGAGAAAUCGUCGCAACAACUAUCAUCAUGGGCCUAUGAACCAUAAUCGAGGCAGUCCAAGGAAUAACGGCGACGGGAGAGGAUACGGCCGACAGAACCGUACCUUCCCACAAGAUGCCCGUUUCAGCAAUGGAUAUGUUAAUGGACAUUCCAAUGGCUCACUAAAUGGCUCUCACAAUAACAGUUCCGUGGCAGAGGACAGCCAUGAGGGUGAUUUGUUCUAUGAAGACUCCGGUUGUAACUCCCCAUACCAGGUUCCUAGGCCAGAACCUGAAGACGUACCCCUUAGAGAUGAGGAUAUAGACCCCUACCUGGAUGACACAAUGCUGGAUGACCCGUGGAAAGAAUUUGAGGAUCAAAAAGAACCUAAUGGCUCAGCUAAUGGCACCACUAAUGGUACAACAAAUGGUGACCAUGAAUAGUGUGGACUAAAUUAUUAAGGACUUCAUUUGGCUAAAACAGUGUUGGGAUCUUAGGAUAAGGCAUUCCAGUACAAUUCAUUUAUUUCUAGUAGUUAAGCUUGAAUAAAAUGUGUUUUUGUUGUAUUUAAUUAUAAUUAUGUAAGUAUUAAAUACCUUUUUUUAAAGAUA